AACUAAAAUAAAGUGCGCUGUGAGCGCAAAGAGAUGGCGUGCGCCGACGGCACCUGUAUACCGAGGGACUGGAUCUGUGACGGCGCUCAUGACUGCCCCGCCGGCGAGGAUGAGAAUAUAUGCGGGACUUGCAUGCCGCACGAGUUCCGCUGCGAAUCAGGAACAUGCAUCCACUCCCGCUGGAAGUGCGACGGGUACGCUGACUGCCCCGACGGAGACGACGAGAGUGAGGCGAUGUGUGGCGGUGUUCGUGAGGAUCUGGGCGAGGAACCUGCUGGCUCAGCACCCGCACCAGCUGUGCACCGGCCUAAUAGAGUGCCAGCACCUCACAAGGCGCGGUCAGGAGACGAUAGCAGCAAGGAACUGCUCAUGACCAGUGACAGCACCAACGCUCUGAAAAGAAACUUCACCCGGCGCCCAUCGUUGUCUCGACUGACACCGUACUCUCCCGCCAUGCUUCAAGCCACAAAAGUUAAAAGAACUGAAUCCGAAGACGAUGCCCCCAAAAAGACUAACAGAAGACUCAACACUGAAGAAGAAAAUGAAGACAUACAACCAGAUGAUCUCACUGUCCUCGAAGACAUGAAAGUAGAUACAGAAUUGCAAGAAAAACACAAGAGGGCUGAAGAGCGCCCGAGCCGUCCGGCCAAUUUAAGUUCUAAGAACCAGACUAAAGUCACUUAUAAAAAUUUGACUAGACCAAAUCCAUUACAAGGAAGAGCGCCGAUGCCACGUCCUAAACCGGCAAAGGUUGAACACCCCGCGAUGCUGGCUUAUCCUGCGGAAGCUACCAAGCUGGACCAGUCCAUCAACAAGUUAGAACGAGUGAUCAAUGGAGCAGACUUGAUGAGGAUGCUUUCACAGAAAGCCCAACGGCCCAGCCCGACGACGGAGUCCGGGGAGUCCGUAGAGAACACGACGCCGGAGCGCGCCGAGCCGGACAAGUACGGGCGCGCCACCGCGCACGCCUCGCCCUGCCCGGACAGCGAGCUGCGCUGCGUGGACGGCCGCUGCAUCACGCUCGCGCAGCUCUGCGACGGCACCAUCGACUGUAGCGACCACGCGGAUGAGGACAACUGCUACACGUGAAAUAUCACUGUUGUUUAAGGCUCGCGUAGACGGCGCGCGAACUUGCAUGCGAUUUUAGAUUCAAACCAAGUUGGCAGCGAUUUUAAUAACGGUGCAGUUGUUAUUUUAAACUUGACACAUCUAUAAUUACUUACCUAUGAUAUUUAAUUACUUAACGCUUGCGCAGGCGGCGCUAAAAUAUCCUUGCCGACAUAGCUUGGUUUGACUUUAGUUACAUUGUAGUACACCAAUGAAACCGCAACAUAAUGAAAAUAGCAUGCGAGUUUUCGCACCGUAGGUACAAAUGGGCCCUAAAUGUUGAAAAGUGUAUGGUUCUCAACCUUUGAGAAACUGGUAUUUAUAUUUGAAAUUGGUAUUAUGGAAAGUUGGACUCUGAUUGAGAACCCAGUAACUGAUUUUGUAUUUUUACUAAAUAUGUCUGCGUAUGUUGCUGCCCGGCUAAUGUUAUGGCUAAUAAAGUAAUGUUGCCAACAUUCAAAUAAAAUAUACUAAUUUAUCUUCACUUGCAAAUAGAGAAACUUUUUAUGUCCAUUCAUCCUUCUAUAUUAGUUAAACUUUGAUUUAUACAUACAUAUAACAUUUUAGAUUACGCACAGAAACACGAAACAAAAUGCAGAAUAUUAUUUCACUAUAUUUGUACAUACACUGACAACAAGUUUAAACGCGAGAUCUGAUUAGAUUUAAGAUUUGUAUGAAUUGUGAGUUGACUUCGUCAGUCCGUCCAUAACCGUCCAUAAGAUUAUGUAAAGAUUGAAUCUCUGUAGGUACACAGUGACGGUACCGAUAUGUAGUUAUUAUACGCUGUGAUAAAGUGCAUGGGAGGGGAAACGUUAUAAAUCUAAAUGUUUAUAAUAAGUUCAAAUUCGUCUAUUUAGGUUAAGGUUUCUUCGCAUAGUUUUAAGUUUUGGUGAAUCUCAAAUUUAUUUGUGCCUUAUUUUCCUCUUGACGUUACGUUUUUUUUUUCGCUGUGGCACUGAUUUUUCAUUUUUUAUUGACUGACUAUCAGUUGUUUCGCAAUGAGCAUUUGUAAAUAGAUUAAUUUAUGUAAGUUAAGCUACUAACUCUAACACUAUUUAUAAUGUUAAUAAUAUUCCUAUACUUCAAUUUUGGGACUAAUUUCCACAAACAUAUUAGACAAGCACAUUAAUACUCUUGAAAAAGAAACUUCAAUUAAAACAAGAGUAGGUAAUAUGUACGUAAAUGCAAAAUGUGUAAAUUUAGCUUAGGUUUAUAAAGAUUUUGGUAAGAAAAUCCAAAGUAAUGUCAUAAUAUAUCAUCGAAAUGUAUCAAAUAUACUGGAGUUUACUUGCAAUUUAUUGAAACCCAGGUACCUUGAUAAUCGUUUAUACUCGGUUAUAUUAUAGGUAUGCAAUUUACCAACAGUUUUUAGGUAAGUUACCUCUAUUUACUUGUAUCUAUAAUAGACGUAGAAUAUAAGUUUUUGUACGACAAUAAAUCAUUAUGCCAUGUU